AUGGUGCGGACGACGCGUGAAGACGAUCCCACUGCGCCGCUAUUGCAGGGGGGAGAGCAUGGCUAUGAGGCUACCGGUCCGACUGCCUCUCCAGCCCAGGGAAAUUCUGUCCCCAUCGGUACUUCGAGUCCGGACCGACUGCCGGAGAAAUGGAAUCAGCCUAAGAUCAAGGCUUGGAGAGUGCUCGCAACGUUCUACAGCUUUAUCGUGGUCGGGGCAAAUGAUGGCGCUUAUGGUGCAUUGAUUCACUACUUGGGGAGCUACUAUAAUGCCGACUACGCGGUCGUCUCGGUGGUCUUUCUGUCCCAGUUUCUUGGAUAUGCUACCGCAGCGUUGACAAACAACUCCAUUCACAAACGCUUUGGCCAGCGGGGGAUUGCAUGGGUCGGACCCGGAACGCACAUCCUCGCUUACCUGGGCGCUACACAGCAUCCUCCAUAUCCUGUGUUGAUUGCUCUCUUCAUGCUGGCGGGUCUCGGCAGUGGCCUGGUGGACGCCUCGUGGAACGCAUGGAUAGGCGCCAUGCCGAAUAGCAGUCAACUGAUGGGCGUUCUGCAUGCGUUCUAUGGCUUGGGAGCUGCAUUGGCCCCGCUCAUUGCAACGUGGUUGAUGACCCAGAGAGGCUGGCAGUGGUACGAAUUCUAUUACUUGAUGGCUCCUGCCGCGGCCAUGGAGCUCGCCACUUCUGUUGCAGCAUUCUGGUCAGCGACCGGAUCAGCCCAUGAGCUAGAGGCUCUGGAUGAUCCUAGUGACGAGGGCGCAGUGGGCGAGGAUGGUACGAUCGCCGGAGCUCGUAAGAGCCCCACGAUUGAGGCCUUGGGUCUGGGAUCUACCUGGAUCGUCAGCUUUUUCCUCUUCGUGUACGUUGGCGUGGAGGUCUCCAUGGGAGGCUGGAUCUUCACCUUCUUAGUCGACCUGCGCCAUACUACGCCCUUCUCCGCCGGUAUCGUCACAUUCACAUACUGGGGAGGACUCACGGUGGGACGCGUCUGGCUUGCCUUCCUUACGUCGUGCUUCAAGACGCAGCGCAUGGCGGUGCUGGUCUAUCUGGUGGCAUCUGUCGUCCUCCACUUGAUCUUCUGCUUCGUGGACGAUUUCCUCAUGUCCGCUAUUUCAGUCAGCCUUCUGGGAUUCUUCCUUGGACCACUUUACCCCGAGGCAGUCAUUGCCCAGGCUAAGAUCCUUCCCAGGUAUCUUCACCUUGCGGCGGUUGGAUUUGCUUGUGCUCUGGGAAGUGCAGGUGGCUGUGUGUUUCCUUUCGUCACCGGAUUCAUUGCGAGAACCUACGGCAUCCACGUCCUCCAGCCGGCAGUCCUGGUCAUGCUGGUUCUGUGUCUGGGACUCUGGAUUGCUCUUCCCUCUGGGCCGAGGAUGUCCUAA